GAAAUGUAGCGUGGAUAUGUCUACAUUAGCUCUGUAAGUUUGUGUUUUUUAAUCCAGAUCCAUGUAACCUAUAGAGCGGAAGGCAAGAAAAUUAUCACACAUAUAUUAUCAGGAAUGUAAACCAGACUUUUCUAAGUGUUUCACAUGUGUAAAAUCGUUUUUCAAUUAUAGUGGAGGAAAGUGCAGCCCUGCGUCUCUGCUCUCUGCCUCUUUAAGUCUGCCCUACAUCUGACUCAUUUUGGUCCUUUGCAGUUUGCACAGCAGCCUGUACUCUGUCCCACAUUUUAUUUGGCGAUUCUCACCACCACAGCUCGCCCGUCCCUGCGUAAAAGUUGCCGCGCUGCUCUUGGAAAUGUAGUUGCUUUGCGCACGACGAGCUCCCCAAAAUGGACUUAAAAUCCGAACUCCUCAAGUCCAUCUGGUACGCUUUCACAUCGCUGGACGUCGAGAAGUGCGGGAAAGUGUCCAAAUCGCAGUUAAAGGUGCUUUCCCACAACCUGUACACAGUGCUGAAUAUCCCACAUGACCCUGUGGCUCUGGAGGAGCAUUUCCAGGAUGAUGAUGAUGGGCCAGUGUCUAAUCAUGGCUACAUGCCCUACCUCAACAAAUAUAUUCUGGAUAAGGUCAAAGAGGGUAUGUUUGACAAGGAGAAGUUUGAUGACCUGUGCUGGAUGAUGACCAGGAAGAAGAACUUCAAGGGGUUAACACAGGGGGCGCUGCUAUCUGAAAGAGACUGUUUCAAGCUCUUCUGUUUAUUCAACCUCCUGUCUGAGGACCGCUACCCACUGGUGAUGAUACCAGAGGAGGUGGAGUAUCUCCUCAAGAAAAUAUCCACAGCCAUGAGCCAGGAGUGGGAUGGGAAACCCUUGGAGGACUUUAUGUCGCGGGAUGCUGCAGUGCAGGAACAGGACAUGUCUAUAUGGAACUUCCUGGAGCACCUGGGUGCUGGCCGGCUGAUGAGGGUCACCAAUGCAGAGGCCUUCAGUCUGGCUUUGGACGAGGUCUUUCUGGAGAUGUAUCACAAUGUCCUCAAGAGGGGUUAUAUGUGGAAAAAGGGACAUGUACGUAGGAACUGGACUGAGCGUUGGUUUGUGCUGAAGCCCUCCUCCAUGGCUUACUACGUCAGCGAGGACUUGAAAGACAAGAAAGGGGAGAUCCAGCUGGAUAAGAGCUGUGUCAUUGAGCCUAUUCCAGACAGGGAGGGGAAGCGCUGCCUUUUCUGUGUGAAAACCCACAAUAAAACCUAUGAGAUGAGUGCGCCUGACCAGAGACAAAAGGUGGAGUGGACUCAAGCUAUUCAGACAGCCCUUCGUCUCCAGAGUGCGGCCAAGUCCUCCCUUCACCAUGAACUCAAACUGAAGAGACGGGUCCAGCGGGAACACAGCCAACAGGAGCGCAGCCGGAGCUCCCGGAGCAGCUGCAGCAGCCGGAGCAGCUAUUCAGACGACUCCACCAUCCAAGAGAUGGAGAAGAUGGAGAAGGAGAAAGACAAACAGGAUUUAGAGAUAGAAAGCAUCAUACAGCAUGCACGUGAAUUGGAAACGAAACGAAGGGAGGCAGAGGAAAGAGAAAGGAGGAAACAGAAGGAGGUGCAGAUGGAGCUGGAGAGACAGCUCAAAGAGGUUGAGACGUUGAGAGACAGCAUGCAGGCAGAGAUGCAGGAGAAGGAAAGGGAGGCUGAGCAACAGAAGAAGAGGAUCCAGGAGUUGGAGCUGACACAGCGGAAACUGGAGGCUGCUCUCAACAUGGAGAUCCAGGCUCGGCUGGAGGAGGAGAGGGCCAGACAGGAGCUGGAAAGGUUGCUGCAGGUGGAAGAAGAGAAGAAGAAGCAGUUCCAGCUCCUCCAGGAGCAGCAGAGGGCCUUGCAGAGCCUCAGCCCCAUACAGGUGGCCUCCGAUGGCAGUACAGGCGAGGAUACCCCCGCAGCUAUUCACUCGGCCUCUCAGGAGCUCCUGGACCUGCGGGCCUCUCGCCAGAGGAGCCACCAGCACCUGGAGGAGCUACAAGAGAAGCUGAGGAAUGCCAGUCAACAUGUGCGGCACUGGAACGUCCAGCUGAACCGUCUGAUGACACCCGUCACUCCUGGAGAGCGUUUGGAAUAUCGCCUAUCAUCAAAUCGCAAGUGUCCCAAAAAGGAAGCCCUGGCUAGUAACGAGUUCAUCUCUAAAUUCAAGAUAAGAGCCGAUCAGAACAGCCAGCUACCAGAGGACGAGAGACUGGAGGAGCAGAUGGAGGCCGCCAACCUGUCAGAUGGAUCAGACGAAUCACAGGGAAAACCCAAUGGACAAAUGUGAUCACCGUGUUUACGGUUAGGGGAACACGUUUUCACAUCUACACAUUCAGAAAUGAUAAAAUUUGCUUAAGACUGAGAGCGGAAAGUGGAAGGAAAAAAGCUAUUAACAAUACAAAAAGUGUUGUGUUAUAUUUAUACAUUGAAAUGCACACUAAGAUGGAGAGCAAAGAUGACAAAGCACAAUGUGAAGCAGGAUUUAAUAAAAACACAUUUGACUAACUAACAUUUGACUGAUCAACAGAGAUUUCCAGUUUUGUACAAUAAAAUUUAUUGGUGAAUAAUAAAACUCAUUUUAUGAAA